AUGAGUACCAUGUCGCAGCGACCAAUGACACGGUCUAGGGUCGCGUCGCUUGCGUCGAAUGAGCUUCUAAGCAACUCGAGUGAACUUUCCACAGAUUCGAGCGGAACUCAAAGGGCAAUCAGAGGGGAGAAUCACGUUCCUCGAAGAUUGAUCAAACGAGAGAGGUCCCCCACACAUGUCAUCCACCAUAACGUCAGCACGACCACCAUCUCAGACGACCCAGACAAUUCUAUUCUACCCAGCAACGCCAUACAACAUGCCACCGCAUGGGCUAGACGAGUGAAGGAGGAAGCGAAACGACAAGCUGCUCGGAACGAACAGAAGUUACUGGAGGCGGAAGAAAGAAUGGCUCGCUACCGACGAGAACGGAAUGAUUUUUUGUCCCAGCUCAGGAGGGAACAGAUUAUCCGAGGGGAAGUAGGGAAAGAACUCGAGGAAGAGCGUAGUCAGCGGAAACAAGUAGAGAAGAGGUUAGAGAAGGAGACAGAGAUGGCAAGGAGAUAUCUGGAGUUCGCUCGGGCCCAUCAAGAAAGGGGGGAGAGCUUCAAGACGAUGUACGAAGAGUACAAAGAGAAGUAUGAGAAGCGUAAAAAGGAAAUGGACAGGUUGAGACAGAGAAAGGGUGUUCUAUCUGGGAAGGUCAAUGAGUUGGCUGCUUUGCUCGGUUGCUGA